CUCAAAUUGGGACGCAAUGCGCAGGCGCUCGGAGUGGUAGACGCGAGGUGGGAAAAUUCGUCAUAUCUUGUCUGUGCAAACCUAUAACACAAACAUGUCUUUCAGAACAAGUUUGUAACUUUGCGGAUUAUUCAACAUAUACACGCACUCUUCAGUUAAUCAUUCAACUCCAAUCUGCAGCUUACCUGUUGUGCAGCAUGAAGAUUGCAGUAGAAGGCUGUUGCCAUGGGGAGCUGGACAAGAUCUACGAGACGAUUGCCUAUCUGGAGAAGAAGGAGGGGAUAAAAGUGGACCUGCUGCUUUGUUGUGGAGACUUCCAAGCAGUGCGAAAUGAAGGGGACAUGAAGUGCAUGGCAGUACCAGCCAAGUAUAGACUGAUGCAGACUUUUUACAAAUAUUAUUCUGGAGAGAAGGUGGCUCCGAUCCUGACCAUCUUCAUUGGAGGAAACCAUGAAGCUUCCAACCACCUGCAGGAGCUGCCUUAUGGAGGCUGGGUGGCACCCAACAUUUAUUAUCUGGGUUAUGCUGGUGUUAUUCGCUACAAAGGGAUUAGAAUCGGUGGCUUAUCUGGAAUCUUCAAAUCACAUGACUACAGAAAGGGUCACCAUGAAUUCCCUCCAUACAAUCCUGAUACACUUCGAAGUGUCUACCACAUCCGAAAUAUUGAGGUGUUCAAAUUAAAACAGAUCCAGAUGCCCAUAGACAUUUUCAUGAGCCAUGACUGGCCCAGAGGAAUCUACUACUAUGGAAGUACAGGGGAACUAUUACAAAAGAAGAACUUUCUACGUCAGGAAGUAGAGUCCAACACCCUGGGAAGUCCUGCUGCUGAGGAGCUCCUGGCUCACCUCCAGCCUAGCUACUGGUUCUCUGCACAUCUUCAUGUCAAAUUUGCCGCUGUUAUGCAGCAUCCGCCCAAAGGUAACGCUGCCCCACGUGUCACCAAAUUUCUGUCCCUGGAUAAAUGUCUGCCCUACCGGGAAUUCUUACAGAUUGUUGAUGUUCCAGAGAGACCGGGUUCAUCUGAGGGUCUUGAGUAUGAUCCAGAGUGGCUUGCUAUUCUGAAGGCCACUAACAGUCUGCAGCAGACCACCCCAGUCCCCUGGAACCCCCCAGAGAAUAAUGGCCUGCAUGAACGGUGGGACUUCACAGCUUCAGAAGCAGCUAUGAUGCAGGUGGUGGAGGAUUUGAACGGUGAACUUGCCAUUCCAGAGAACUUUAGCCGGACUGUGCCGUCCUAUGACCCCAGUAAGCCUCAGCCCCAUGCCACCCCCAGCUGUAACACCAACCCUCAGACGACUGAGCUCUGUGCCAUGUUAGGCCUCACAGACAUCUAUGCCCAGGCUGGGCAGGGAGGUAAUGAGUCAGGGAGAGUUCAGGGCAGUACUGGAGGGGAGGAGGAGGAUGAAGAUGGACAUGGUUUAGGAAAUGUGGACGAGCCCAGUGAGCACCCAAGUGAAACCUCAGGAUUGUCGAGUUCAUUUAAUCCUGAUGAGAUCACAAUAGAGGAUGAGUGGGAGGAAGAGGAGCAGGAUGGAGAGAAGGGAAAGGAGGAGGCAAAGGGAGAUAAGCUCUCUGAUGUAAGUGUAGGUGCAAUCACCCCUGGCCGGAUGGUUCUGCCGGAGCCCAAAUCUGAUGUCUCACCCACUCGUCUGUCCCACCUAAUGAACCUGCCACCUCCCUCCCACUCAACCCCUGAAAUAGCCCGGUUACAGUCUGCUGCAGAAAGGGAAGGACAAUGUGAGGGUGAUGAGGACGACACCCUAGGUGUACGUAUCCUAAAACGCAGCAGCAACGAGACCGGGGAUACUGGCAGUAGAAACACAACUCCCAGAAUCAAACGCAGGAACCAGGUGAUCUAUACAACAGUGGAGGAUGAAGUGUGUGAGGAUUAGAGUCCAGGCAGCAUCUGACUACUAAGUCCGUACCGUUUGUGACAAUGUACAGUUCUCUUUUAGUUUAAAUUGUUUUGAAAAAACGUGUCAUUAAUUUACUGUCUGCCUUUUUAUACAGCUACAGGCAUAGAGUGUACAAAGCAGAGCUUGCUCCCAAAGUACAUGGCAAGAGAGCGUACGUUUCUGAAUUUAGUUUCUACAGGACUGCAGCCCUGGAAAUGUUGUCUCGUUCAAAUAUAAUUUUUAGAUAUUUUAAUCAAAUCAAGAAAGUUGUAGGAAACAGCUUUUUUGCGUUAAGUGUUUUUUGUACAGGUUAUUUCAAGACAACUGCAGUGAUUUAUGAGGUUGAACAUUAAAACAUCCUUUUUUUUUAACGAGUUAACGCCGUUAUGCAGCGUUGUACAGCCACCUGGCAAACUCUUAAAAGAACAAAUAAAAUAUUGCCGUUGGUGCCUGUGGUUUCACUUCUCUGAGGCAAGUGAAAGAAAAGCAACAGCAUAGCACCAUUCACAGCUUUAUUCAACACUGAAUACCCAAGGUGCUGAUGACAUGUGAGGUCUUGUUUUAGUGAUCUUUAUCUUGAGAGCGCAGAACAUUGAACCUGCUUGUGAUCACUGAAGAAUGGAUAAGUGAAUAUUGUUCAGUGUUUAUAAGUAGCUGUUGAUGUCCGAGGGGAGAGGGAACAAAUCAUUUUAGCUUUGUACUGACUGAAAAUGACAUUGUAGUUCAAAUCUUAUUUUGACAUUUUUGGUUAAUUCACCCUCAAUGCACAUGAACCUGAAAAUAAAGCAAAAAUUUCUUGGACACCAAAAAUAUGUUUAAAUCGAACAGAUUUAUAAUAUUGAUUAGAGUCCUUUAAAACAAUCAGUUCCAGGUUCACAAGUGUGCUUUGCUGAAAUCAACAAACACUUUCGGAAAAAUUAAGUCAAUAUAUAACAUACAGUGUAUUCAACAGGAUCUCUUUACAUCCCUACAAAGAGCCAAUACAGAAUAGCCUAAUGACAGGGUGCCAAGUUAUUGGUUCAUAGCGCAAGCCGAUGUCGGGGAAAUGGAUUUCCUGCACUUUGCCUACGAAGCAGAUACUCAAAGAAAGCUCCAAACACAAUUCACAGAAAAAGAAAAAUAGGAAUAGGCACUUCUGUUUUUUUUUUUUUUUCCUUUUUUUGUGUGUCUGUUUUCAUCAAUAACUUGCUCAUUUUCUUCAGCUGAUCCUUGGGACCGCAACCAUACAGCUGUGUUUUAAGAGCAUCCUAUUAGGUUAAAUAAAGCAGUAAAACCAUUUAA